UGCUUUUCGUGUUUCUAGUGACAGAAAAAAUUCUCUGAAAAUGAUCAUCGCAUCAUUUUUCCAAUAGGCAAUGCCAGUGCGCUCACAAUGCGCACAAAGAUCGUAUGUAAAGUGGAUAGAUUGCUCGAGGUUACACCUUCUGCUGGUGCUGCAGCUGCUGCUGGUGCUGCUUGUCGGCCGGCCGAUACCACCCGUCCGAGCGGACUACGAGAACUGCACCUUCUUCGACGGAUUCGUCCUGCAGUAUCUGUGCCAGGGCAGAUACGAUCGAGAAAUGCGUCUGCUGUACAAGGACCGCAUCCCCGCUAUGGACACGCCCUACACCAUCUGGCAGCGUUCCGACACCAUUGAUCCCGUUCAUUUGCUGGUCGCCUUCUACGACUCGCCCAUAUCCAGCUGUUUCACCCUCGUGAUGGACAAAGGCAAGUUCUACUGCGACGGCCAGAACUACUUUGUGCCCCUGACGGGUUCAGCGGAGGUCCACUGUCUCGACUUCCCCUUCGACUACGCCGAGAAGCUCUACGGGAGAUGCAUGAACGCUGAGUAUCCAUCCAAUACGAACACCAUUUCCGUGGCCAUGGUAUAUAUGAAGCACAAUAUUAUCAAGGUCAUCGAUUCGGUGCCUGAUCUGAGGGCCUCUGUUUUCCUUGUGCUUCUUUCGGCGUUGUAUUGCUGCUGGACCACUACAUUUUGGUACUUUUAGAUGAAUAAAAUGGAAUGCACACGA